AUGGACGAAGGAUUUGUUUCUCGGCGAACACGGGGAUUGCGAGAAGCCAUCACACUAUUCCAUCUCUUGGCCAUGGUUGUUGGCCUGGGUAUCUUAUCGCUGGGUGCUUAUACAUUCAAUUCGCCAUUCAGCCGCACUUUAUCAUUGACCUUGCUUGGAAUUGGAUGCUUCAUUGCUAUCAUCUCUUUCAUCGCUUAUUUCGGUGCUCACAUCGAACACGCAGGCUUCUUGAAAACUUACAGCAGCACCAUUGCCCUUAUGCUUGUUUUGGAAAUUAUCCUUGUUGGUCUUGCUUAUGCACAUAGACGAGAGAUGGAUGAUUAUGGAAGCAAGGCAUGGGACUUUUUCAGUGCUCACGAUGAUCGUUUGUUAUUGGACAUUGAACAAUCGUUGCAUUGCUGUGGAUAUGCAAGUCCUACUGAUCGGCCAGUUACGAAAUGCCCUUCUUUACGCCAUGGCCAACAAGUGUCUGGUUGCAAGGAUGCAGUGGUGGACGUGAUUUAUCAAUGGCGGGAAUGGAUAUUGGCAACUGUACUUUUGUUGCUUGCUAUAAAGCUUACCGCAUUACUCACUGCAGUGGUGCUUACAGUGAUGGUUGAAAGGGAUGCUGAAGAAGAACAAGAGUACAUGGCGGUGCUUUCUGCUCAAAACAACAAUCACUCAUGGUAUGAUCACAGUGGAGGACCAAGCAAUAUCGCAUCAUCAGCAGGAGGUAGUAGUAGCCCAGUGUUUGGACGACAGCUUCCACCUUACUCCUCAUCGCCAAGCCGUACUGGAUUCUUUUAUCCACCACGUCCACCAUCUUAUCAUCAUCAACAACACAAUGCAUCACGUAUACCUCGCUAUGGAAGUACCCUUUCGACUUCAUCUCACAAGUGA